CCGUAGUUUGCCCACGGCUGGUCUAGAUGUUCCUAUUUCCAGGGUAGGGGGUGACCAGCAAGAUCUCGGGGAGUCCAGGGCGUUGCAACUCCUUGUGUUUCGGGUGUGGAGUGUGACUUGGACUGUUAGGGGGUAUCUGAGUGAUAUGGAUAUGGCUGGGGGGUGAUAUCAGCGAAGGAUCUCAGGGGCUGUAUUUCAGGGUGUUGAGAAAAGUGGCCAGUGUUAGAGUCAGUUACUAUGGGGAUGUCUCUGGUGCUGGGGGUGCAAAUGCCUUAGUGAGUUCAGGGGUGUGAUGAUGGCUGACUCCAAGGCUCUGAGGAAUGUGGCUGGCUGGGGACAGGCCAAGAUGGUGGCUGGUCUCAGGGUGUUAGGGGAUAUGAUAGUGUGUCUUCAGGUGUGAGACUGUGUCCCUACUUCUCAGGGCAGGAGGUGAGGCUGCAGCUGUGUGUCCACAGGUGUGUCCCUCACCACAUCCUGAAGCAGGAUCUACUAGUAGGACAGCCCCCUGGUCACUGGGCCUCGUCCUCCUCCCCUCCAGGGAUCUGACUCCCUGUUGCCCUGGCCUGGGCUCUAAACCCCUGUGUAAAUAGUGGGCGGAUCUCCUGGCCUGGCUGGGCCUGACCCAAGCUAGUCCACCCAAGGCACUGCCCACCACCACCCACCCAACAUCCAUGAAGGCUCUGGCAAGGCAAAGGAGUGCUGCUGCCCCCACAAGGGCUAGCCCCCCAACCUCGCAGCCCCCAUGGGUGUAGCAGCACCCCCUGCAGCCGCCCCAGCUGGCCCCUGGCGACGCUCACAUUUUCCAGUGUUUAGAUUUUAUCCACUUUAUUAAUGAGGCAGGCGAGAGGCCCAAGCCUGGGGGGAAGGGGGGUGCUCCUGCCCUACCAAGAGGAGGAGGUCACGGGGCGGGGGCAGGACAGCUCCAUGGGAGCCCCCCUUCCUCUAAGGAGAGCUGGGGCCCAAAGUGGCCCCUACCCAUUGCCAGAGUGCAGAGAGGGGGGUCUCUGCCCCCCCCCAGGCCCCUCAAUGGGCUGGUGCUGGGUGGAGCAGCCCCUGGAGGCCUGAGUGGGCAGCCAGAGGAGGCAGGGAGCCGGCGAGGAGCCGCCCCUGUAGGAAGGGAGGGAGGGAGCGGCCUGCCGGAGAGCUGGAGCGCAGCGGACAGCGGGGACUGAGAAGCAGGCAAUGGGGACCUGGUGUUCCAGGCACCACCAGGUAAGAAGACUGGGGUGCAAGGAUCUCAGGUGGGGCUGGAGGGCACAGAAGGAUGGGGCCAUGGUUCCCUCUACCUGUUCAUCCUGUGUUCUCAGCCCUAUCUGUCCUGGUUGCUCUUAACCAUCUGUCCCUUCUCCUUUCCCUUCUGGCCCAGGGGGCAGUAAUGCCCUCUCAGCCCUUACCACUGGAUAUCAAGGGAGGGGUGGUCCUGGGUCAGCCUGAGGCCUCUGGGGCAGGGACGUGGAGCUGGCGGGAGUGGAACCCUGGGGCAUCCUGGGUGAGGUAGCUGUGGUCGGGUAGGGCCUGAGUGAGAGGGAGACAGCAAUGGAGCUCAGAGAUGGGAAUGUGGGGGACAGAGAUGGGGCCAUGGCGACAGAGACAGUGCAGUGGGGAGAGAGAUGGGCCCACAGUGGCAGAGGUGGAGCUGUGGGCAUCAAAGAUGGGAUUGGAGUAGAGAUGACAUGAUGAGGGCUGUCCGAGAUGGGGCAGUGGGGUCAUGUGGAGCCCUAGGAUCAGAAAUGGGUCCGUGAGUAUCAUGUGGCAGGGGACCAGGAAUUUGCUAUGAUAUAAAUGGGAGGUGGGUCUAUGAGACCCAGAGGCUAUGAUAGACCAGGGGGCUGGGGCCAGGGCAGCCACAGUGAACUGGGAAGUAGGCAGUGAGGCAGAGUGGGGCUGGGAGCAAGAGCUGGGAGGGAAAGAGGAGAGGAGGAGUCAGGAACUGGGCACCAGGGUCUUUGGAGUUGCCAUGGGGUCACUUGGGCCCUAAUGACCCAAAAAGGGACCAUCAGCUGGUCCCAGUGGGCGCUGUGCCCUGGGCCAGCCUCAACUUGCCCUCCUCUUCUCCCCAGCCCCACCCCCAGCACCUGACAUGAACCCCUACGGGCCCCUCAACCUGAGCCUGGUGGGCGAGGCGACCACGUGUAUUGCACCUGUGGCCCCCAACGCAUCCACUGGGCCACCGCCGGGCAUCGGGGGCGCAUCACCAGCGCUGCCCAUCUUCUCCAUGACGCUGGGCGCGGUGUCCAAUUUGCUGGCACUGGCGCUGCUUGCGCAGGCCUUGGGUCGCAUGCGGCGCCGCCGCUCGGCGGCCACCUUCCUGCUGUUCGUCGCCAGCCUGCUGGCCACCGACCUGGCUGGCCAUGUGAUCCCGGGGGCACUGGUGCUGCGCCUGUACGCCGCGGGGCGCCCGCCGGCCGGAGGCGCCUGCCACUUUCUGGGUGGCUGCAUGGUCUUCUUUGGCCUGUGCCCACUGCUGCUGGGCUGUGGCAUGGCGGUGGAGCGCUGUGUGGGGGUUACGCGGCCCCUGCUGCACGCCGCGCACGUCUCGGUGGCCCGCGCUCGCCUUGUGCUGGCCGCGCUGGCCGCCGUGGCCUUGGCCGUGGCUCUGCUGCCCCUGGUGCGCGUGGGCCGCUACGAGCUGCAGUACCCCGGCACGUGGUGCUUCAUCGGCCUGGGGCCGGCGGGCGGCUGGGGCCAAGCACUGCUCGCCGGCCUUUUUCGCCGGCCCUCGGCCUGGGCCGCGCUGCUCGCCGCGCUCGUGUGCAACACGCUCAGCGGCCUGGCCCUGCUGCGCGCCCGCUGGCGACGCCGCUCGCGACCGCCAUCCCGGACCUCAGGCCCCGACAGCCGCCGGCGAUGGGGUGGGCGCGGACUCCGCUCGGCCUCCGCCUCCUCCGCCUCCUCCGUCGCUUCGGCCUCCGCUGCCCCCAGCGGCAUCCUGGGCCGUGGCUCAACGCGUAGAGCCCGCGCCCACGACGUGGAGAUGGUGGGCCAGCUCGUGGGCAUCAUGGUGGUGUCGUGCAUCUGCUGGAGCCCGCUGCUGGUGUUGGUGGUAUUGGCCGUUGGGGGCUGGGGCUCCAGCUCCCUGCAGCGGCCGCUGUUUAUGGCCGUGCGCCUCGCCUCGUGGAACCAGAUCCUGGACCCCUGGGUGUAUAUCCUGCUGCGCCAAGCCGUGCUGCGCCAACUGCUUCGCCUCCUGCCCCGGAGGCCCGGCGCCAAGGGCAGCCCCGCGCUGGGUCUAACCAGAAGCACCUGGGAGGCCAGCUCGCUGCGCAGCUCCCGGCACAGUGGCCUCAGCCACUUCUAGGCACACCCGGAGGCCCAGCAACUAAGCCAGACCACUCCAUGCCGGGCAAGGUCCGCAGCGCGGAGCCUUCGAGGAAUAAAGCCAU